UCGGCAAUUAUCGCUUUCACUUUCGUCCCUACCAACUACACAGCCGCCGCCUCAGCGAAGCUGUGGAAGACCAGCAGCAAGGGCCCCUUCAGCCUUCGCCGCCUCUGUCCCUUCUCUUCCUUCCGGUCGACCAGAUGGCCUGCCGCGCGAAGGUGGUAGGACAGGUGGAGCGGGUCGACGGAGAGUCGCUAUCCUACGCGGAGUUCGUCCGCCGCUUCAUGGCGCCCAACCGCCCCGUCGUUCUCACGGGUCUCACCUCAUCCUGGCGGGCCCACAAGGACUGGACUCUCUCCGGGUCUGGUGACCUUCGCCGCCCUAAUCUCGGCUUCUUCACCCAAAACUUCCCUUCCUCUCUCGUUCAGGUCGACGACUGCUCCUCGAGUGAUUUCACGGACCAGAAGCGGCUUGAGAUGUCCAUGCAGGAGUUCAUAGACCACUGGGUUGGGGGUCCUCAUUGUGGUUCAAGUGAUGGAGAUCGUGAUGGUUCUCUGUUGUAUCUGAAAGACUGGCACUUCGUUAAGGAGUACCCUGAUUAUAUUGCAUAUACCACACCAACCUUCUUUGUUGAUGAUUGGCUCAACAUGUAUCUUGACAGUCACCCUAUACAUAGAGAUUCUGACAUUGCCAAUCAUAAAAAUGAAAUAAACUGUUCUGAUUAUCGGUUUGUUUACAUGGGGGCAAAAGGAACCUGGACUCCUCUGCAUGCUGAUGUUUUUAGGUCAUACAGCUGGUCAGCAAAUGUUUGUGGGCAAAAACAGUGGUUGUUUCUACCACCAUCACAAAGUCAUUGUAUAUUUGAUAGGAACAUGAGAUCUUCGGUCUAUAACUUACAUGAUGUUUCUGAAAAGCAGUUUCCUGAGUUUAGUAAGACAGAAUGGCUAGAAUGCAUUCAAGAGCAGAAUGAAAUCAUAUUUGUUCCCAGUGGAUGGUAUCACCAAGUCCAUAACCUGGAGGACACUAUAUCUAUAAAUCAUAAUUGGUGUAAUGCCUACAACCUACACUGGGUGUGGAACUUGCUUUAUGAAGACUACAAAGUUGCAAAAGAAUAUAUUGAAGACAUUCGAGAUAUAUGUGAUGAUUUUGAAGGACUUUGUCAACGGAAUUUGGCAGCUAAUACAGGCAUGAACUUCUAUGAUUUCUUUGUUUUCAUAGUGAGGUUUGCCUUAGCCAAUGUAGUUGAGCUUUACCAUCUUCAGCAGCCAGAGGUUGCAACCUUGUCAACAGAAACCGCACACCAUUUGGUCUAUAAUCUGAUGUCAAUUCGUAAUGUUGCAUCAAAAAUGACAACUACAGAGGCUUUUACUACUGAGAAUCGUCUUUGUAGUGUCUCGGAAGAUAACCGCAGUGCUUUCUCUAAUAUCAAACAAAUAUUAGAAGAGGAGAGUUUCAGAAGGCUAUCGAUGACACUGUCAAAGGCAUAUGACCACAUAGACAGAGGGCAAAGAAGUCUCAAAUCUUCGAUCUCGUAUCGGAAGGGCUGUUCGUCAGUGAUCUGCUUGAAAUCUGAUUGCAAUGUUGUUGACUACAUUACUUCUUUGGUUGAUGAAAUUUGUGGACCCGAGGAUUUGACGAGACUAAUUGAUAGUGCUCUCUCUCAUGGAUAAUUUUAGUGUAUCUAGCAUUGUAAACCUAUGCUUGCAUGAAUCCUUAUUCAUCAGAUAUGAUGGGAUACUUAGGUAGUGUUUGGUUUUAGAGUAUGGUUUUAUGGAGCCAUUUCGUUUUCAA